AUGCGAGAAGCUAGGAGGUGUUUUAAGUCAAAGCUUAAGUGGUGUCAAGAUAAUGAGUACCAAAUAAAAAUGGAUAUUUUGGCUACUCACCACAAAGAAAAAGAUUUUAAGAGUUUUUGGAAACAAACAAAGAAGCUGGAAACUGCAUCAUGCUUACCUGCGAGUAUCGAUGGUAAGAGUGAGCCCCAUCAUAUCGCAGAAGUUUUUAGGAAACACUUCAAAGUGGAAUCUCCAUUGGGACCGGUGCAGCGGGUGUUCGAUAUUGAGGAGAAAUCAUGCAGUGAAUCUGCCAGAUUUACUGCGAAAGAAGUCGCAAAUGUCAUAAAUAAUAUGACACGUGGUAAAUCACCUGGACAUGAUGACCUCAGUAUUGAGCACCUGCAGUAUGCGGGAGUUCAUCUGCCUAGGGUGUUGACUAUGCUCUAUAAUGCAUGUAUAGGGCAUGAAUACUUACCUCAGGAACUUAUGAAGACCAUAGUGGUACCAGUUCUAAAGAAUAAGACCGGGGAUGCUACCGACAAGAACAAUUAUAGACCGAUCUCGCUAGCUACUGUGAUAGCCAAAGUAUUGGAUGGUUUGCUUGAUCGUCGAAUAAGUAAACAUAUACAGGUACAUGAGGCACAGUUUGGGUUUAUACCUGAACUGUCCACUAAAACUGCAAUCUUGCGACUCAAGCAUACCGUCCAGUAUUAUUUUACGAGAAAAACGCCUGUCUAG